AUGCUGGUGCACACUUACUCCGCCAUGGAGCGCCCCGACGGGCUGGGCGCAGCGGCCGGCGGGGCCCGCUUGUCGUCUCUGCCCCAGGCGGCCUACGGGCCGGCGCCGCCGCUGUGCCACACGCCGGCCGCCGCGGACUAGCCGCCCUACUUCCCGCCGCCCUACCCGCAGCCGCCGCUGUCCUACGGCCAGGCCCCCGACGCCGCCUCCGCCUUCCCCACCUGGCCGGGGGACCCCUACGGCGGCCUGGCGCCCCUGGCGCAGCCGCAGCCUCCGCAGGCCGCCUGGGCCGCGCCCCGCGCCGCCGCCCGCGCCCACGACGAGCCGCCGGGGUUGCUGGCGCCGCCCGCCCGCGCUCUGGGCCUCGAUCCGCGCCGCGACUACGCCGCCGCUGUGCCUCGGCUCCUGCACAGCCUGGCCGACGGCGCGCACGGCCUGGCCGAUGCGCCCCUCGGCCUUCCCGGGCUGGCAGCGCCACCGGGCCUGGAGGACCUGCAGGCGAUGGAGGAGCCGGGAAUGAGCCUCUUAGACCAGUCCGUGAUCAAGAAAGUCCCCAUGCCCUCCAAAGCCAGCAGCCUCUCAGCCCUCUCACUGGCCAAAGACAGCCUGGUUGGCGGCAUUACCAACCCCAGUGAGGUCUUCUGCUCCGUGCCUGGCCGGCUCUCCUUGCUCAGCUCCACAUCUAAGUACAAGGUGACCGUGGGGGAGGUACAGCGGCGACUCUCACCUCCCGAGUGCCUCAACGCCUCCCUCCUGGGGGGUGUCCUCCGCAGGGCCAAGUCCAAGAAUGGUGGCCGGUGUCUGCGGGAACGGCUGGAAAAGAUUGGGCUGAACCUGCCAGCUGGCCGUCGGAAGGCUGCUAAUGUGACCCUGCUGACUUCGCUGGUGGAGGGAGAGGCUAUGCACCUGGCCCGAGACUUCGGCUAUGUCUGCGAGACCGAGUUCCCAGCAAAGGCAGCUGCUGAGUACCUGUGCCGCCAGCAUGCUGACCCUGGGGAACUGCACAGCCGCAAGAGCAUGCUGCUGGCUGCCAAGCAGAUCUGCAAGGAGUUUUCCGACUUGAUGGCUCAGGACCGCUCCCCACUGGGCAACAGCCGUCCAGCACUCAUCCUGGAGCCUGGGGUGCAGAGUUGCCUGACACACUUUAGCCUCAUCACACAUGGCUUCGGUGGGCCCGCCAUCUGUGCUGCCCUCACUGCCUUCCAGAACUAUCUGUUGGAGUCACUCAAGGGGCUGGACAAGAUGUUUCUAAGCAGUGCAGGCAGUGGACACAGUGAAACCAAGGCUUCAGAGAAAGAUGCCAAGCAUCGGAAAUAAACCUCUCACCUCGUCAUUAAGGGACUCCCAAGGAUUCUUUUAGUUCCUGGGGGUGGGGUGGGAUGUGGCCCUGAAAGGACCAAAAGGUGGGAUUCCAGUCAGGUCAGAAUGAGAACAUUCAUCUAGAAACCUCAGAAUUGAGGGUCUGGGUUGGAGUCAGGGAGGGUGGCUUUUCUGUGGAGAUUUGCUGGUAAGUUAAGGGUCCAGGUAUCUGUUGCACGUGUGCCAUUUUCUGACCUUUGCUAAGAGGGGCUUGGACAGAACAAUGGUGUGGAAAAAUGGGGCUCAGAGGGCACAGCUCUCCCCUUCAUGGUGCCAGAGCAGCAGUGGGUGUUCCAGGGGCCAAGUCUUCAUUCCCUACUUACAGCAAGAGAGCCCACUGUGAACACAUCAGAGGUGCUACUGGAGUUGAUAAUGAUCAUCCCAGUGGGCUCUUUAGACCCUUCCCACUCUUGGAGAAAAGUGGGCAAGAGGGGCCCUUGAGGAACAAAGAAGAGAAGCACAAAUUGCAGAACUGAAUCCAGGCUGUCUGUCACAGUGCUGUUGCUGUCUGUCCUAUUUAUGUAUGUUGUAAUUAAACUUGAAAGUUAAAAAUGACCAGUUCAACUUAUUUAUCCUAAUAAUUUGAGGAUUCACUUUUUUCUGCUUAUAUACUAAGAUGUCUCCUUGGGCCAGAAUGGAGAGGGUGUUUUUGCAAAGGGUUAUGGGUAGGCUGAGGAGGAAAGGUGUAUGGGGACUCCCAGGGUCAUCACCACUUUCUAUUUGCUGUUUCUGUUCAUCUUGCAGUUGAUGUGCCUCCCCUCCCCUGCCCCAUCUCAGGUUGCU